UCGUUGACUUGUACGUUUACUCUGAUUGCUUAUAUCUAAAGUUUUGUUAUAAAAGUGUAUAUACAUACAUACAUUUGUAUGCAGUUACAUUAAAAAUUAAAUAGUUAUUAAUAAAAAAUAUUGGUGCAACGAAGUUUACCUAAAAAGGAUAUAAAAAUGAGCAAAAGAGAUAAGAAAACAAAAAAGGGCAUUCCUGAGAUUGUGGAGAAACCCUUAACAAUUAGCACUGGCAAGACUUAUGCAGAUAUAUGCUCUAAGUUCAAGAAUGAACUUAAUAUUACAGAAGAUGUCGAAAAGCCACCAGGGCCGACACCACAAAAGCCUCGUCCUGACCUUCCGGAUUAUCGUAUUUUUGAGCAACCGUUUUUCGGAACUUUCACAAUAGUCGAAGACCUGGAAUAUUAUUAUCCAACAAAUGAAAUGAAGGUAGCUCAAGGGAAUCGAUUUGAAAAUGAAUUUCUGGCCAAAGGUGACAAAGUGAUAGAAGAAUAUUUAAGCACAACAAAAUUAACGGUAAACAACAUUGGUAAGAUAUUCGGAAUGCUCAUACAAAUAGAGGAUCUUCACACUAUGCUACCGUAUUGUAGUGUAUAUCUCGAAAAUGUGGUAGUAAGUAAUGCUACUGAUACAAGGCUUUUAAAAUUUAAUAUAAACGUACCAUCACAUGUUAAUAUUGAUGAAAUUCUUAACCCUAUAAUGGAUGAGGUGGUCUUUGUGCCUCUUAUGAGUCGUGCACUGUCACAACAUGAUCUUAAUUAUCCCGUUGAUCUACUGUUACAACAUCCACACGAGUCACUCGACAGCGGUGUCGAAGUUUUUCGUGAAGUCGGUAUACUCGAUAAACUGGAGGGACAAACCGCUAAUGUGGAAUGUUCUAAUCCGCGAUUUGAUAUUACUAAAAAAUAUGAUAUUAUAUUUCGCUCAAAUCGUGUUCAUGUUCGUUAUCAGCAUCGUGCAUUGGAAUUGUUAAAUGAAGUACGUCGUGCCUAUCUUUUUCCCAAUAGAAAUCCCUACAAAAAAGAGUUCGCCAAGGAUGUUAAAUUACAAAUAAUUAAUAGGCAGAUUUCUGAGAAUCCCGAGCAAUUACAAGCUGUAAAGCAGAUUGUCGGCGGUGCGAACCCUUAUGCGCCAUACAUAGUCGUUGGGCCACCAGGUACAGGAAAAACGACCACAAUCGUCGAAGCCAUUUUACAGCUUUACAUUAAUCGACCGAAAUGCCAUAUUUUAAUUACUGCCAGUACAAAUUCGGCUUGUGACACAAUCGCAUUGAAAUUAUGUGAACUAUUUGAAAAUAAUCCAUUGCUUCGAAAAUUAUCAUUACAACGCAGCGGUUUUAACUUUAUGGGACGUAGAAAACCGCCCACCCAUAUAUUACGCGUAUUCUCAAAGUCAUUAUGUAAGAAAGGUAUGAAAAAUAUCAGCCGAAUCCUUCUGGACCACUCGAACUUUUGCAAACGUAAAUACGAAUCGCCAUCUGUGAAUGUGUUGCGAAACUACAACAUCAUUGUAGUGACACUCAUUACCAUGGGUCGUUUGCGUACCGGCACCAUUGUCGAUUGGCCAUUUACGCAUGUUUUUAUUGACGAGGCCGGAGCUACUAUGGAAACGGAAGCAUUAAUUGCCAUAACAAGUGUUAAUACAAAAUCUUGUCGUGUAAUCUUAUCGGGAGAUACGAAACAACUAGGACCGGUUGUCAUGUCACCGGUAGCCGCUGAACUUGGUCUCAAAUAUUCACUAAUGGAACGUUUGCUCAAACGUCAUUGCUAUGCAGUCAACACGGAUGGUACUUACGAUUAUACCUUACAGACACGUUUGAGACGCAACUUUCGUUCACAUCCGGCAAUUGUGCAUAUCUAUAAUCAUCUGUAUUAUGAUCAUGAAUUAUUAGCAAAAGUCAAUUUAGCUAAUUUGUUAAGUUCGCAAAACUUUCCUAUUUUGAAAAAUAAAAACUGGCCAGUGAUUUUUAUGGCAGUUUAUGGUAAACUUGGCAAAUGUUCAACGUCUUGCAGUUCCUUUAAUCAACUGGAAAUCAAUGCAGUCGUACGGACAAUUCAACAGUUGAGGGUAAAACCGAGCGAUAUUGGAGUAAUCUCUCCAUACAAAUUACAAUGUACACACAUAAAGCGGAAUUUAAAGGAGAAAAAUAUACAGGGUGUUGAAGUGGGUACAGUUGAGCUAUUUCAAGGCCGAGAGAAACCUAUAAUAAUUGCCUCAUUUGUUAAGUCAUUUUGUAAUUUAGGCUUUACCGCCGAUCCGCAGCGCCUCAAUGUUGUCCUAUCACGUGCACAAUCACUCCUCAUACUCAUUGGAAACCCAAAAACUUUACAACGAAGUGAUGAUUUUGAAUAUAUAAUCCAGCAGUGCACAUAUAUGGAUAAUUUUAAAACAAACGAUAAAUUCAUUCCACGUGUAAAAAAUUAAAACGUAUAAAAAUGUAUUAUCUUUUUGUGAUUUUUAGUGCUGACAAACUGAAAAGCAAUCAAUGAACAAUGAAUUACUUAACAUGACGGCAAAAAGUUGAAACCAAAUGUAUGCCUUUAAAUAGCAUGUCUCUUCAUUUACAUUCAAAAAUAUAUAAAUAUUUUCUACUUUUAA